AUGCUUAAACCAAUGGAAUAUGCUGCUAUUCAUGAUCAUGAUGGCUCUGAUAAAAAUGAAGAACAAGAAGAACCAAAUGUCAUUCAUUUGUCUCCAUGCAUACUAGUCUCAACAGCAACAACAAUAACUAAUGCUGUCAUUUCACCUUCAAUAUCUAUUUUAGGUACACCAUCGAUUCCUAGUACACCAGCAAAUCUAAGUACAUUAUCAAGUCCAACAAAAAAUUUUAAAUCAUCGAAUUCUAUACAAGAUCAAUUAGCAUCGAUGGUAAAACAACUUUCAAAAAUAACUAAUGCUAUUGAAAAUUUUCAUUUAGAAAAAUCUAGUAAAGAAUCAUCAUCAUCUACACAAGCUAAUGAUAUUGAACAAUUAUUUGAGAGUAUCAAAUGUUCAGAUGAUUUAUUUAUGUUGGACAGUGGUCUUAAAUUUGUUGAAACACUAAAUCUACUAGAUUUAUCUGGAGCAGCUGUUGGUACAUUUAGGCAUAGUCGGUGGUUUUUUGAGAAACUUCGAGCAUCAAUGGCAAGAACUAUGAAAGAACGAGUUAUAAAAUAUUUACAAACAACUGACCCUAUCACACAACGUCGUCGAGCUUUUGGAAUAACAUUUGAUAAAGUAACGAUAUUAAGAAGAUCAAUGCAAGUAACAAUGAUGAUAGUAAUGGUAGAUGGUCAAUUGACACCUAUCUAUCUUCAAUCACCAUUAUGUAAAACAGAACUGUCUGGUGAAGAAUUAUAUGAUAACUGUGUUCGUGUAAUGGAAUCAUUCAGCUUGUCACAAUCAAUAUUAAAACAACAAUUAGUUGGUUGUGCUGUUGAUGGUGCAGAUAUUCAUUUGAGUAUUGGUAAACAUUUAUGUCAAAAGAUUGGUAUAAGAGAAGAAUGGUUAUCAAUAUCAUGGGAUUGUGCUCAUUUACUUGAGCUAGCUAUUCAUUAUGUUAAAAAACGAAAAAAAUUUUUAUGUUCAGAAUGUCGUGUUUAUGAAACUAUGAUGAGAGACUGGUCAACAUUGUAUGAAUUACAUCAACAAGAUAGUAUUGUUAAUGCGCUAACUGUUGGUGAUUUAAGUGCACGAACUCGACACAAUAUUAAUUCACAACAAGAAACUGGUGCUGAUGAUAAUGGUACUUUACAGAUUGAAGAAAUUAAAUCCGUCGAUUUUGUUUGUAAACUUGUAGGAUUAAUUGAUAUAUACAAUAUCAUUGUGAAAGCAUCGGUAUUUGUACAAAACGUUGAUAAAUAUCCAUGGAAGUAUGAUGAUGCAAUACGACGUUUACAAGAAUGUUUAAAUAAUUAUGCCAGGCUACUUGAACAACUUCUUGAUCUAAAUACAAUACAAGAAAUGGAUAGCAUUGAAGAUAAAACUCUAUUUUAUACUGUAGAAUAUUCACCAGUUACUUCGCACAUCACAACAACAACCAUUGAUGAUGAUGUUUAUGAUAACAUUGAUAUUGAGAGAGACAAGGAAGAACUGAUUUCAGCAAUACCAUCAACAACGUAUAUGGAACAACAUUAUCAGAGUCUCUUUAAUUGUAUAUUUCGAGAACGUCCCAUCACUAGACGUCAAGGUGAUUAUGAUAUAGAAGAUCCAACUUCACGUGUUCGAGAAAAAUUAAUUGUAUUAUGUAAAGAACUAAUUGAAGCAAUUGAAACCCGUUUUAACGAUACACCAUCAAUUUUUCUGUUGAUGACAAACUGUUUAGAUGUAUCGUCAUUAUACAACCAGGUGGUAUUAACUGGCCAACAGAAAUUAGCAGAUUAUGGUCGGUCGGCUUUACAAGAAUUAAUUGAUUUUACAACACUGAACUCGAAAUAUGUAAAGAUAGAUGCAACUGAUAUACAACAACAAUAUGCGGAAUGGAAACAAAUAUGUUUACUUGAAAUUGAAGAUAAAGAUACAUUUGAUAUAUGGACAACAAAUGGGAAAAUAAUUACACCGAAAGUAAUGAAAACAUUUUAUUCAAAUAAAAAACUAGCACAUGGUAUUCAUGAUUUUUUAUACUUCUAUUCUUUGAUGAUAUUGAAAAUUAGAAGUGAAGCGGUCGGUGAAUCAGUGUCAUCAAUUUUAAAAGGACACAUUCACAAUAAUCGUUCAUUACAACACACUUCGUUAGAUGAAGAAGUAAUGUUACACUGGAAUACACCACCAUUACAUUCAGCUGAUUUAUUCAUUACAAGUUCACUCAAUGAAUACUUUAGUCAUACGAAGGAUAGACAAUGGCUAUUUUAUAAAAAAAAGUGA